UUCACCACUGUCUUUCUUGCUCUGCUUCCCCUCUCCUCUCCUCUCUGCUCUGCUCCCGGACGGUCAGUCAGAAAGAAAGAAAAGCAGAGUAGGAGGAGAAAGGAAAAGUCUUUAGCCAGCGAUGACGACCGCGGCGGGGUCGGAGUCGUCGUCCUCCUCGACCCCGGCGACGGCGGCGGCGGUGCUGCCGGUGGGGUUCCGGUUCCGUCCGACGGACGAGGAGCUGGUGCGGCACUACCUCAAGGCCAAGAUCGCGGGGCGGGCGCACCCGGACCUGCUGGCGAUCCCGGACGUGGACCUGGCGGCGGUGGAGCCGUGGGACCUGCCCGCCCGCUCCGUCAUCAAGUCGGACGACCCCGAGUGGUUCUUCUUCGCCCGCCGCGACCGCCCCAAGUACCCCGGCAAGUCCUCCCGCUCCUGCCGCUCCACCGCCGCCGGAUACUGGAAGGCCACCGGCAAGGACCGCCUCAUCCGGGCGCCCGGCCCCGGCGGCUGCAGGGGGAAGGGCGCCCUCAUCGGCGUGAAGAAGACCCUGGUGUUCCACCGCGGCCGCGCCCCACGCGGCGCACGCACCCCGUGGAUCAUGCACGAGUACACCGCCACCGACCCAAACCCCCAGUCCCAAUCCCAAUCUCAAUCUGCAGGCCCCCAAAAUGAUAGCUUUGUUCUGUACCGCCUGUUCAACAAGCAGGAUGAAGAGACCCCGGCCCCCGUUUCAGAACCCCCGUCCACGUCGCCUCCAGCCAAUCCGCCGCUACAGCAAGCCGACGACACGGCCAGCGCCUCCAUGGUGGAAGACAAGGCCUCGCCAUCUGAUUCGAGCCAGCUGACCCCGACCAAUGCAACCACCGACCACACCUCCACUGCCCAUCUUCUUGCAGCCGCCGGUGACGCAGAGCAGAUAGCGGAUCAGGAUGCUGCUUAUCUGAAUAUGUUGGCCCAGCUUCCUGCAAUCAGCUCCCCGAUGCGUCCUUACACGGAUCUCCCUUUUGUCGGCAACAUGGGUGAUGAGCAGGAAGACUUCUCGAUGUAUCUGAACAACAUCAUAGGUGAGCAGGAUGUGCAAGCCAUGUUGCCCAAUCCAGCCGAUGACGAAACGGGCGUGUCCAAUCCUACAGGCUCAUGGACUCCUUAUCCCCAAGAUAUGUUGGACAUGAUAAAUUCAAUUGGCCCUAUGGGAGCAGCACCUUGGACGCAGCAGCAGCAGCAGGCCACAGCUCCAGUAGAGUUGAUGGACCCACAACAAGGGAUUGCGGCAAGGAGGAUCCGGCUUGCGUACGCUGUUGAGAGGGCAUCGGCGUCUCAGCCUAUAUUAGCUUGUCACUCGGAAAGCGAAGAAGGUGAGGGCGAAUCAGCUGGCUGUAGCACAGAAAGUUCAUCCAACAACCAUGAGGAGGAGGAUCAUGUCAAUGAUGCACUUUUCCAAACCAUGGCUGGAGAUCUGAUGCAUAACAUCACUCCUGCUCAAGCGCUACUGGUUUCUUGGGUGGAAGUUGCAGACAAGCUCCAGCAUCUAUCAUUCAAUGAUGACAGCAUAUUGGAAGAAGAAGAUGCCAAGCCGAGUCGUGGAGCCGGUCUGAAGCAGAGGGUGAAGCAGGACUCGGGUCGAAACGGGCAUGACCCGGACGGACUCCUGCGCAACAGUGCCUACUUGCCUGGCCCUGGAGAUUCAUUUUCAGAAACAGCGAGACGGCGGAGGUCCCUCUGGCUGGCGCUCCUGGUGAUGGCCAUCCCUCUGCUUGUGCUUGUAUUGGUUGGUGUCUGGAGGUCACUGAGCUACCGGCCGGUGUAAGCUAAACUAAACGGUUCCUCUUCCUCAUCGUUCUUCGUUGGUAGGCUCUCUCUCUAUAUAUACUUGUGUUGGUGUUGCUGGUGUGGUGUAUAUACUUGACUUGGUGUCUGUGUGUGUGUGUUAAGUAAGUAACUUUAGGCUGUCUCUACCGUAAUGUAGCCAUCCCAUUGACAUGACAUGUUGGAGAGAGAAAUCGACUUACAAACUCUAUUGUCUAUGCAAGCAAGCAAAUGAAUGAAUGAAUGAAUGGAUGAUUGAGUUAUGUUAGCAACUCCAUAUAAAUA